AUGGAGGUCCUUGAUAUCAAGGAGCAAGCAAUUAGUGUUUCUGUCUCGGCAGCCUCUGGCUCUUCGAGUGACGAUGAAACAACUGGCCAUGUCACUCCCACUUCGACUUCAACUGAGCGUAAUGCUCAAAUUGGAACUGAUGAAUUGCUCGCCAAAAAUCAGAAAUCAGUCAUCAGCGAUCAUGAGUCCUUUUCAUUUCCAACGGUUCCACGCUCUGUGAAUGCGUUGUCACCAGACCAAGUUGUGCAACACCAUUUGUCUUCUGUCCAUGAGGUAUCUGGUGUUAAUGUACAAUCCAUCAUCCACGCCGCAUGGGCUUUGGUUGCUGGCCAAAUGACCGGCUCCCAGGAUAUCGUUUUUGGCGUUUCUAUCCUCGCCGAUGAUGUUGUCAACAGCCUCCCAUUCCGAUUGAGAUGGGCCAGGGAUCAACCUGUCAGAUCCUAUCUGUUGGCAACACAGAAAGAGGCUCUUGAAUUGUCCUCCUCUCGGGCUGGAAUUCCCGGGAAGACUUCCCAUACAGAUCCUGCAUUUCAGACGCUAGUCACAUUCGGGGAUAACUCCCAGAAUGUGUCUAUUGAAAGAAAGCCUGCUGGAAAACGCUAUGCGUUGGAACUGGAUGUACUAUCACGAGAUGGGGAGUACCUGGUUUCAGCCAGCUCUGACUCCAGGGUGAUUUCAGCUUCGCUCGUGGACAGGCUGUUGCUGCGACUCGACCACGUUGCUACACAGCUGUGUUCAUGCAGACCCCAGCAGACAAUUAAUGAGGUCGAUUUGAUGACUGAAAAAGACCUUGAGAGCAUUUGGAAUUGGAACCGGGAAGUCCCACGGACCCUGGACUGCUGUGUACACUCCAUCAUCGAAGACCAAGUGCGCGCCAAUCCCGAAGCUCCUGCAAUCUGCGCCUGGGAUGGAAAUCUCACCUAUGCUGAGCUCAACGGCCGAGCUGGUCAGGUUGCAGAGCGCCUUUCUGCUGCUGGCUUACGUCCAGGAAGCAUGGUGCCACUCUGUUUCGACAAGUCAAUGUGGGCCAAUAUCACGAUGCUUGGAGUCUUGAAGGCAGGCGGAGCACUUGUGAUGCUCGACCCUAUGUUGCCGGAACAGCGGCUGAAAAGCAUUGUUGAGCAGGUUGAGGCAGAGCUGAUUGUGUCCUCUCCUUCCAAUCAUGAGCUAAGCUCGAGAUUUUGCGAUAAGGUUGAGGUUGUGCGACCACAAGAAUUUGGCGGUCAAUACCAUGCCAGCAAAUACUCCCCCAACUUAUCCCCUUCGUCCACUGCGUACGUGCAAUUCACAUCUGGGAGUACAGGAGUCCCCAAAGGCAGCGCCAUAUCACACAAAAGCAUCUCGUCAGCCAUUCACCAUCAGUUGGGGCCACUUGGCUUCAACACUCGCUCCAGGGUGUACGACUUCUCGUCCUAUAGUUUCGAUCUCUCGAUAUACAACGCUCUCACAACUUUGGCUGCUGGUGGCUGUUUAUGUGUUCCGACAGAUUCUGGUCGGAAAGAUGACUUGACAGCAAGCGUUCUCAGCCUCAGAUCCAAUACGUUGACAUUGACGCCAUCGACUGCUCAGACAUUGGACCCGGAGGACCUCCCCGAUGUGAAGACCAUCGUAUUUGCAGGCGAGGCUCUACGUGUUCAGGAUGCCGCGCCAUGGUGGAAGCAGGCCCGAGUGGUGAACAUAUACGGACCUUCUGAAUGUACUCCCGUCAGCACAAUGAGCUUCAAUUGCCCGAGCCCUGCACAAGUGACUGAUAUCGGAGUGGGUGUUGGCAUGAACACCUGGAUUGUUGAUGCCAAUGACCACCAACGACUACUCCCGCCUGGAUGUGUCGGCGAAUUGAUACUGGAGGGUCCCCUCGUCAGUACCGGCUACUUGCGCAACGCGGAAACCAAUGCAAAGACCUACAUCGAGGAUCCUACGUGGCUUCUCCAAGGCUAUGGAGAUAGGCACCCUGGGCGUCACGCGAGAUUGUACAAGACUGGCGAUCUUGUACAAUACAACGAAAACGGAAGCAUUACCUUUGUUGCACGCAAAGAUACACAAGUCAAGAUCCGUGGGCAAAGAGUUGAGCUCGGUGAAGUUGAAACUCGAAUCCAGGAGUGCUUACCCGAGAUGCUCCAAGUAGCAGCUGAAGUCAUCACGACAAAGGAUUCAAACCCCAUGCUUGUUGCAUUUGUGCUGCAGAACAAAAGCGUUGCCCUUUCACCCGAAGCACUCAAGCUUUAUCGCGUUCCAGAGGACGCCAGGCAUAAGAUCGCGACCAAGCUGCCGCCCUAUAUGAUACCGGCGGCUUAUCUCUCUGUCGCCCAGAUGCCUGCAACAGCGUCGGGAAAGCUGGACCGAAAGCGUCUGUGUGAGAUAGGUGCGGCAUUAUCACCCGAGAAGCUUGCCGAGAUGAGCGUCGAUGUAGGGACCAAGAAGCAGCCGUCAUCGGAAGCAGAACGCCAAAUGCAGGAUAUCUGGGGCCAGGUCCUUAAGUUCAAUGAUGCGUCAUUAAUUGGCGUCGAGGAUAACUUCUUCCAACUUGGCGGCGACUCUAUCACGGCUAUGAAGAUCGUGCGCUCAUUACGGGAAGUUGGGUUGGAACUCUCGGUGGCUAGCAUUCUUCGCUUUCCCGUCUUGCAAGACAUUGCCACGCGAGUCGUGGACGCCAGCUGUGACUCUGAUGAGGCAAUCCGUCCUUUCUCUCUAUUAUCCGAGGACUGUGACAUAUCCUCGGUGCUUAGGAGUUAUCAUCUGGACCCUGGCCAAGUCCAAGAUGCCUUCCCUUGCACGGCGAUUCAGGAAGGUCUCGUCUCUCUGUCUUCGCAGCGUUCGGGUGAUUAUCUCACCCAAGCAAUUAUCAAGCUGUCGCACGGGGUUUCCAUCGAUCGGUUCUGCCACGCAUGGAGUGCAGUAGUCGAAGCCAUUCCCCUCCUGCGGACUCGGUUCGUUCAAGGUGACACGGGGCUGUUGCAAGUGGUUCUUCACGAGCAGGUCUCAUGGAAAGAGGUGGAUGAUCUACAGACCUAUCUCGAUGAGGAUAGAAAGCAACCGAUGCGUCUUGGUGAAGAGUUUACAAGACAUGCCCUGGCUAAGGAUGCCACUGGUCAAGUGGUCUAUUUUGUCCUUACAGCGCAUCAUGCACUUCACGAUGGUUGGUCUUUGGGCAUGAUCAUGGAAACACUUGACAAGGCGUACACUGGCGGAAAGGCCGACAGCUUUCCACCCUUUCAGAAGUUCAUCAAGUAUAUCCAGAAUGAAGAUGUGGAUCAAACAUCCAAUUUCUGGAAAAAGGCCCUUGACGGGUGUGAGUCUGUCUCCUUCCCAGCGCUCCCUUCAUCUGUCGAAAAGCCAAAGGCCGACGCUUUGGUUACACAUCAACUGCCCAACUCAGUCUCUAGUAUCGAUGCCACUACUUCGACAAUCAUUCGAGCUGCCUGGGCGUUAGUAGUGGGAUCCAUGGUCAAUUCUGACGAUGUCGUCUUUGGUGCUAUCGUCACUGGAAGACAUGCUGAGCUGUCUGGUAUUGAUCAGAUACCCGGCCCGACCAUCGCAACAGUCCCUAUGCGUUUCCAUAUAGACAAGAGCCAGAAAGUCACAUCGUUCUUGUCACAGUCCCAGAAGCAUACCACUGAUAUGAUCCCUCAUGAACAGAUGGGCCUGGCUCGUAUUGCCAAGUUGUCAUCCGAUUGCGAGCAGGCCUGUAAGUUCCAGACUCUGCUAGUCAUCCAGCCGGAAGAUACUGGCAUCUGGACCAACAGUGUGGGACAGCUACGAGAAGAGAAUGCAAUGCAGUGGUCCAGCUCCUACGGAUUGGUUCUUGAGGUCCGGCUUGGGCACCCGAAAAGCACAGUCACAGCUAGCUUUGACUCUCGGCUUAUCGACCGUUCGGCUGUUGCGGGUCUUUUGAGCGGUCUAGAGCUUGUCAUUGAUCAAAUUGCCUCGGCAGAUUUGGAAUCUGUCAUGACUGUCAAAGAUAUCAACGUGCUUACGCCUGAUGAUCUCAAUACUAUCAUGAGCUGGAACAAAGUGGUCCCUGAGACGAUCAACAUGUGUAUACACGAGGUGGUACACCAGAGAGCCGUUGAAAGCCCCGAGCAACCAGCUGUUUCUGCCUGGAAUGGGGACUUGAAAUACGGCGAGCUGGAUAUUUUGUCAACCAAGCUGGCCAGCCACCUCAGACGUAUUGGCGUUGGGAAAGAUACUAUCGUGCCUUUAUGCUUCGAGAAAUCCAUGUGGACUCCUGUAGCUAUGCUGGCUGUGUUGAAAGCAGGUGGGGCCUUCUUACUUCUCGACCCUUCAUUGCCCCUUGCGCGCUUGGAGGUUAUGGUUAGGCAUGUCGAUACUACGCUUAUACUGGCGACUGAUACAUGCGCCAACCUGGCCUCCAGUCUGAUUGGAAGCGUCGUAAUUGUUGGCACAACACUCUUCUCAACAUUCGACCAUUCAUCAGAUGACAGUCAGUUUUGCUCUGAUUCUUCUUCCAACGCCUAUAUCAUUUUUACAUCUGGUAGCACUGGCAAUCCCAAAGGCGUCGUUAUUACGCAUAGCAACGUUGUCUCAGCCGUUACCCAGCACAGCAAGGCCUUUGAAUAUGAGAAGUCCUCCAGGAUCUAUGACUUUUCGUCUUACAGUUUUGGAGCCUCACUCAACAACAUGUUUUGCGCACUCACCUCUGGAGCGUGUCUAUGCAUCCCCAACGACGAUGAGCGGAAGAGCAACCUCGCCGGAAGUCUCACAUCCCUUAGAGCGACCAAUGUUCUCCUCACUCCCUCGAUGGCUGAGCAUCUAUCGCCCGAGAGCGUACCAACUCUGAGAUCUCUGAUCCUUGGUGGCGAGGCAGUUCGAGCCCAGGAUGGCAAUCAAUGGCUGGGACAUGUCACGUUGCGUACUGCAUACGGGCAAAGUGAAACUACAACCGUCGCCACAGUCAACCCCCAUCCUGCGACCCCCGAGCAAGCCAUGUCUAUCGGCAAAGGCGUCGGGCUGGUGACUUGGGUGGUAGAUCCCGAGAACCACGAGAACCUCCUACCUCUAGGUUCUAUUGGCGAACUGCUUCUUGAAGGCCCUGCGGUUGGGCAUGGCUACUUCAAAGAUCCGAAAAAGACUGCCGAGGUCUACAUCAGCGAUCCGCACUGGCUUAUCAGGGCUGGAAGGCGUGGACGUCUUUACAAGACAGGCGAUCUGGUCCGUUAUAAUGACGAUGGAUCUCUGGCAUAUCUAGGACGAAAAGACAGCCAGGUAAAAAUCCGUGGUCAGCGCAUCGAGCUUGGAGAUGUCGAAUACUGGGUCCGCGAGUUUAUGAUAGAGGCAGACCAGGUCGUCGUGGAGGCCGUCACGCCAAAGGGACCUGGAGGUCGCCCAACUCUUGCAGCUUUCAUCAAGGUCAACAACGCUGAAAGCCUAUUCGAACAAGGCGAUGUAGCUCCCGCGAAGCUGAUCCGUAUUGAUGCUGAGGUGGAGAAGAUGCUCAGGCGUCAACUACCGAGCUACAUGGUACCGACUAUCUUUAUCGCCAUGAAAUCACUCCCCAUGACACCCACCGGCAAGAUGAACCGCAGAGAGCUGCGGAUCAUUGGUGGUGGAAUUUCAGCAGAAGAGGUCAGAUCAAUCCAGCUGGCAAACAACGGCCUCAAACGUCAGCCAGUGACCGACAAAGAACAUCAGAUGCAGCGGGCUUGGUCACAGGUGCUUGGCAUUGAGCAGCGGCGUGUUGAUCUGAACGCAAACUUCUUCCAGAUAGGUGGUAAUUCUAUUGUCGCUAUGCGGGUGGUUGGCGCGGCUCGCAAGUUGGGACUUGGUAUCACUGUUGCGGAGAUUUUCCAACAUCACACACUCAGGCUCGUGGCUGAGAAGAGUCGCUACACGUCCAAUAGUAAAGUAUCGAUCCGGCCACUUGCAUUAGUUGGCAACAACUUGGAUGCAAGCGAAGUGCGGUGCCUUAUCUCCCAGGCCUGCCGAGUUGAUCCUGAGAUGAUUGAGGAUGCAUAUCCUUGCACGCCGCUGCAAGAGGGCCUGUUCUCGUUGGCGUCGAAAAGGCCUGGCGACUACAUAAUGCAGGCUGUUUUAGAACUAUCACCCAAGGUGGAUAUCACCAUGUUUCGUAAAGCUUGGGAGUCAGCUAUACGUGCUGCUGCAGUUUUACGCACGAGGAUUGUUCACGACCAGAAACUCGAUCUUGUACAGGUGGUUUUGAAUGAAAAGCCAGAAUGGCAUGAAACAACUGGCCUAGAUGACUACAUGCAAGCUGACAGGGCAGCUCACAUGGCUCUCUCAACCCCUCUCAGUCGUUUUGCGCUGGUCAAGAAUGACGAGGGCCACGUCCAGUGGUUCGUUCUCUCCAUGCAUCAUGCCCUCUAUGACGGAUGGUCUCUUUCUCUUAUCCUGGACAUGGUGCGCGAUGCCUAUUCUGGUACAGAUUUAGAGGAGGCUGCCUUUCAACCUUUUAUCAACUAUGUUUUGCAGCAAGUUGACGACGUCAAGACAAGCCAAUACUGGCAGGCCGAGCUCGACGGGUGUGAGUUCGCACCAUACCCUGCUUUGCCAGCUUCUAUCAGCCAACCUGUCUCCGAUACUGUUAUCCAACAUCUUGUAUCGCGACCAAAGGAUUCAUAUCUCGACGUGACACCUGCGAUUUUGGCUCGUGCAGCAUGGGCAAUAGUCACGAGCCGUGUGACCAAUGCUGAAGACGUUGUUUUCGGAGUUACCACGUCCGGCCGCAACGCACCAGUGAUGAACAUUGACAAGAUGCCUGCGCCUGCGUUCGCCACAGUUCCCGUCAGAAUCCAAACAUCUAUCGGCCAAAGGGUUUCUGACUACCUUGAGGCUGUUCAGCAACAGGCCAUCACUAUGAUCCCCUUCGAACAACUAGGCCUGCACCGUAUCGCCAAGAUAUCUGCUGAUGCACAGCAAGCCUGCAGUUUUCAAACAUUAUUUCUGGUCCAGCAACAGACCACUGAAACCUUUGGCGAAUCUGAUCUUGGACGCUGGCAGAACCGUGACCAGCAGGAGUUCUUCAACCCGUAUGCUCUCACUGUUGAGGUGAAUCUGCUUGAGACUGGACAUCUGUCGUUGAAGGCCACCUUUGACUCGAGAAUAACAUCUCGCUGGAGGGUGGAAAAACUACUUCAGCGGUUCGACUUUGUUGUUCAACAAAUUGAAAAGACAAGGCCAAGACAGACGCUUGGCGAUAUCUCGACAAUGACUGAAGCAGACCUUCAGCAGAUUUGGACUUGGAACCAAGCAGUCCCUGGCCCAGCUGCCGAUAUUUGCCUCCAUCAAUUCAUUGAGCAACAGGCUGAGGCGAAUCCGGAGAGGAGUGCUGAUUCUGUCAAGGAUGCCGCCCACGUCUGCAAGGGCGCCGGUAUCAACACCUGGGUAGUAGACCCCACCAACGCCAAUAUCCUGUUGCCGCCUGGUUCAAUCGGCGAGCUUCUUCUAGAGGGCCCUGUUGUUGGUCUUGAGUAUGUGAACUACCCAGAGAGUACUACCGGGUCAUUCAUCCAUGAUCCUACUUGGCUUGUCCGGGGAAUGUCAGUUCAAUACGACGAGCACGGCAAUCUUGACUUCCUUGGCCACAAGGACUCUCAAGUCAAGUCCCGCGGUUUGCCCCAUUGGCGGCAACAGAGAGGCACCGGCUCAUCUUUCCAUACUCAGACCCAGGAUGAGGAGUUUGCCCAAGCAGCCAUUCCUAAGCGUCAACCAGAGACUCCUCUGGAGCGACAACUGCAACAGAUCUGGGCGCGGGUUCUAGAUCUAGAUCCCGGCACUAUUGGUCUAGACGACUCCUUCUUCCACCUGGGUGGUGACUCGGUUGCCGCCAUCAAAGUCACCAGCGAAGCUCGCAAGGAUGACGUUAACAUCACAGUCGCAGAGCUCUUCCAAUAUCCUACGCUUGGCGAAGCUGCGGGCCAACUGGCGAGUCAAAGUAGUGAGCCAGUUGAGAGGAUCGCCCCAUUCGCUCUCCUCGGUGCAAACGUUGAUGUGAAGAAACUUGCCUCUGAAUUAGCCAGCCAGAUGCACUCCAGCGUGGACAUUGUUCAGGAUGCAUACCAGUGCACACCAUUGCAAGUUGGCCUUUUGUCACUUUCAUACAAAAGACAGGGUGGUUACGUUAUGCAGGCCACCAUAGAACUUGACCCAGGGUGCGAUAUCGCGAGAUUCAAGCGGGCGUGGGAGACUACAGUCCAGGCAACACCAGUUUUGAGAACGCGAAUUUUUCAUUCUGAGUCAGCUGGAUUGGUGCAGGCUGUUCUGAACGAAAGCAUUUGUUGGAAUGAAUCGUCCGAAUCUUUGGAUGCAUAUCUGCAACAGGACCGAGACUCAUCUAUGGACAUUGGCGAACCUCUUACUCGCUAUUGCAUGAUUCACGACGGUUCGGACAAGCCCAAGUAUUUUGUGUGGACGAUGCAUCAUGCCCUUUACGACGGAUGGUCAAUGAAGCUAAUCAUGGAGGCUAUCAACCGGGCGUUCCGUGGCGAACAAAGUACUACUGAAUGGCCCCAAUUUCAGCAAUUCAUCAAGCAUCUGCAAGACCAAGAUGACGAGGCCUUAGAACGCUACUGGAGAGAGUCACUGGAAGGGUUCGAUUCUGCGCCCUAUCCUGAGGUCCCCAAAUCUCUUACUGAACAGCCAGUUGCGGAUUCAAGUAUUCAGCACUCCUUCAUCUACUCACAAAGCAAAGAGUCUGGCAUUAUGCCAGCAACUCUCGCCCGCGCAGCCUGGGCUCUUGUCGCUGGAAGCGCGAGCAAUUUGAGUGAUGUUGUGUUUGGCGUCACUCUGUCCGGUCGAAAUGCGCCCAUCAGUGGCAUCGUCAACAUGCCUGGCCCUACUAUUACGACUGUCCCCGUUCGUAUUGAUACUUCGAGUGGACAGACAGUAUCAUCGUACCUACAAAAGGCCCAAGUCCAGGCUACCACCAUGAUUAGCUAUGAGCAGUAUGGACUACAGCGUAUCGCCAAGGUGUCUUCUGAUGCCCAGCGCGCGACGCAAUUCCAGACCUUGCUGGUCGUUCAGCCAGCUGGCGAUGAGGACUUCAUGAUCGACGAAUCAAUGGGUAAAUUUUGCGAUAAUGCAAACCAAGAAAACUGGUUCAACACUCAGCCUUUGUUGAUUGAGGUCACGUUGGGCAAAGACAAGAUCACAGCCUCAGCCAACUUCGACUCCGAUGUCAUUCCGUCGUGGCUGAUCAAGCGACUGCUUCAAAGACUUGAGAUUGUUAUGCAGCAGCUAGAUUCUGCUGGACCUGGCACUAUUCUUGACCAGAUCGAUAGUGUCGAGCUUAGCGAAGCUGAACGUGUUGGAAUGUCGGGCAACACGCAUCAAGAGCCUCUGCCUUCUUUCCCUGUCCAGGACCAGACUCAAGAGGAUGUCCCCAAGAGACAGCCAGUCACUGAAGUAGAGCGCGAACUUCAUGCUAUAUGGUCCCAGGUUCUCAGCAUUGACCCAUCUGACAUUGGUCUUGACGAUAGUCUAUUCCACUUAGGGGGUGAUUCCGUUUCAGCCAUGAUGAUUGUGCAACAAGCCCGGAAGAUUGGCGUCAAACUUACCGUCUCGGAUAUCUUCCGGCAUCCCACGCUCCAGGAUGUAGCCGCCUCAUCAAUCCAGGAAAGGGGGACUGACAAGCACACCGAGUCACUUGAGCCCUUUGCACUGAUCGGUGGCGAGAAACUAUCUUUCCUUCGCGACAUCUCGGCGCGGUAUGACAUCGAUGAGAGUACUAUCCAAAACGCGUAUCCAUGCACUCCACUACAAGAAGGUCUCAUCUCACUGACAUCCAAGCGCCCUGGCGCUUAUGUCAUGCAAAACAUUAUCAAGCUCAACACCAAGAUUGACCGUUUCCGCCAGGCUUGGGAGGACGUUGUCGCUAAUCUUCCUAUCUUGCGGACUAUGAUUGUUCAACAUCACAGCCUUGGUCUACUGCAAGUAGUUUCCAACACAGUGGGUGAAUGGAGCGAGGCAGACAAUUUGGAUGCAUAUAUCAAGGCAGACCGGGCAAGGUCUAUGGAUAUCGGCUGUCCUCUUUCUCGUCAUGCCAUCGUUCAAGAUGGAGCACGUGGAGACUACUUCGUAUGGACGAUACACCAUGCUCUCUAUGAUGGUUGGACCAUAAAACUCAUGAUACAAGCUCUUGAGGCUGCCCUCCGAAACGAAGUAUCUGCAAAAUGGCCGUCCUAUCAGCCAUUCAUCAAUUACAUCCGAACACAAGAUGUUCCAGCACAGACUCAGUAUUGGGAACAGGCAUUCAUGGACUACGACAGCUCCCCGUUUCCAUCUUUGCCUCCUACUAUCGAGCAGCCAACCGUUGACUCAGUCAUUGAAUACCAGUUUCCAAACCCUGGGGACCAAAGCACCAAGAUGGGAGUUACGACUUCCAUACUAAUCCGAGCCGCCUGGGCUCUGGUUGCUGGCCACACCAGUCUGUCUGAUGAUGUUGUCUUCGGUGUGACCCUUUCCGGGCGCAAUGCACCUAUCUCUGACAUCGACAACAUGCCAGCUCCUACCAUCGCGACCGUUCCCGUGAGGGUGAACACAACCAAGACUCAAAAAGUCACCACUUACUUAGAGUCUGUACAAGAUCAGGCCACGAUCCAGAUUCCAUUCGAGCACACGGGCUUGCAUCGGAUUUCCAAGGUUUCCUCCGAGUGUCAACAAGCAUGCACAUUCCAGACCCUACUUCUUGUACAUCCUCAGGGCACGACUGACAUGGAUCUGACGUUUGGUUCGUGGCUGGAUACCGAGCAGGAGGCCGAUUUCGCGUCAUAUUCCAUCAUGGUUGAGCUCUUCCUCGGCAAGGACAGCAUCAGUGGCAAAGUCAGUUUUGACUCUAGGGUGAUUGCGUCGUGGCAGGUCCAGAAUCUACUUGAGAGGCUUGAAUCAACUCUAGCGCAAUUGUCCAACGCCAAUGCUGAGACUACCCUCAACGACAUAAGCGCUAUGACGCCGCAAGAUCUUGAUUUCAUCUGGGAGCGCAACGGUAGCCCUCCGGUAACAGCUAAACGUUCUGUCCACGACAUGAUCCAAGAUGUCGUUGAAGUCCACCCCACAGCUCAGGCUACCCACGCCGGGGCAGGUACAUUAACCUGGAUCGUCCACCCUGAUGAUCCUAAUAUCCUUUUACCGCCCGGCGUUGUUGGUGAGCUUCUUCUCGAGGGUCCUCUUACAGAGCAGGGUUACCUUAACGACAAGGACAAGACAGUAGGGUACUUUAUUGAAAGUCCAACAUGGCUGCUUCAGGGUGCUCCUAAUGUUGCGGGUCGCCAAAGCAGACUAUACAAGACUGGAGACUUGGUUCAGUACAAUCAAGACGGAAGUCUGAUACAUCUCGGCCGUAAAGACACACAGGUCAAGAUUCGUGGACAGCGGAUAGAGCUCGGCGAAGUCGAACACUGCCUGACAAAGUCAGUGUCCAGCAUCGAACAAGUUAUUGUCGAAGCGAUCAAGCCCAAGGAUGGGAAGGGGAAGACUAUAUUGGCCGCCUUUAUUGUUAGAGACAGCCGCGGGAGCAAGACUGAGUCGGAAGAUGACUUAUUACUCAGUCUUGAGGAUCUGGAUCCGUCUGUGAUGGAGGUCCUUAAGAGCCAACUCCCAGCUACCAUGAUUCCGUCUGUCUUCUUUUCCAUGCCAAGAUUGCCGCAAACUGCUACCGGAAAGACCAACAGAAAGAUCCUUCGCGAUCUCGGGGCCAAUUACUCACUGCAGCAAUUGACAGGAACCAAGUCAUCCGACGUUUCCAAGAUUGAGCCAACAACACCCGAGCAGAAGCGGAUGCUGGACAUCUGGGCUGCCGUCCUGGAACUUGAUUCUUCCAUGAUUGGUAUUGACGAUGAUUUCCUUCAUCUUGGUGGUGACUCAAUUGCUGCCAUGAAGGUUGCAGGAGAAGCUCGACAGGUUGGUCUCCAACUUUCAGUCGCAGACAUAUUCCGAACACCUACGAUUAGAGCUCUGGCUCUUCACACAUCGUUAGCACCCAAGGAAGCCUCGCAUGCGAUAACUCUUUUGCCUCACUCAGGCCCUGUGGAACUGUCAUUUGCCCAGGGACGUCUGUGGUUCUUGGAGCAGCUGUAUCCGGGUCUCACAUGGUACCUUAUGCCUAUCGUAAUUAGAUUCCGUGGUGCGCUUCAACUGGAUGCCCUUGAGGAAUCGCUUCAGGUCAUCGAGAGCCGCCACGACUCUCUUCGGUCCACCUUCCUUACUCGCAACAAUGUCCAUUACCAGAAAGUCCACCAAUUUGUUCCUAAGAAGCUGUCCAUCGUCGACAUCAGAUCGGCCGAUGAAAGCUCGUUGUCCGAAGCAUUGAAAAAAGACCAAGCCACUACGUUUGAUCUCACUCGCGAGGCGGGCUGGCGGGUAACUGUCUUCAGGCUAGGCGAAAAGCAUCACGUUCUGUCUGUUGUGAUGCACCACAUCAAUAGUGACGGUUGGUCUAUUCAAGUGUUCCGCAAGGAGUUAUCCCAGAUUUACUCUGCUGCGGUCAAGGGGCACCAACUUCAAACACAGCUUCCGCCUCUUCGGGUCCAAUACCGUGAUUACUCUGCCUGGCAAAAACAGAAACUCAUUAAUGGCGGUUAUGAGAGGCAGCUCGAUUAUUGGACUGGCAAGCUUCAGACGAGUCGUCCGGUGGAGUUCCUGACGGACAAGCCGAGGCCCCAGACACUGUCUGGAAUGGCAGGAGAGCAUGAGUUCAUGAUCAAGGGUAACAUGCUGAAUCGAAUCCAGGCCUUGUGUAAGGAGUAUGCAGUGACUCCCUUCGUUAUCCUUCUUGCUGCCUUCCGAGCCACACAUUAUCGCAUGACAGGAGUUGAAGACGCUGCUAUGGGAACUCCGAAUGCCAACAGAGACGACGCCGAUUUGAAAGACAUGAUUGGUUUCUUCGUAAACAUGCUGUGCUUUCGCCUCACUGUGGAAGACGACUCUUUCGAAAGUCUUAUACGCCAGGUCCAGCAACAGACCGUGGAGUCGUUUGACAACCAGGACAUUCCGUUUGAGCAGAUCGUUUCCAAGCUAAAUCGAGAGCGAGAUCUAUCUCGUCACCCAAUUGUACAGGUAGUCUUCGCUUACCAUACUCGAGGAACCUUGGACACGUUUGACUUGGAGGGUGUUGAUUCGGAGUUGUUGGAGCUUGUACCAACCACGCGGUUCGAUCUCGAGUUGCACUUCUUUGAGGAGGCGGAUUCACUCAAGGGUGCUUUUGUCUACUCAGCAGACCUUUACACUUCUGCAACCAUUACUAAUUUGUUGAGUGUAUUUAUGGCUGUGUUGGAGGGUGCAUUGAGUGAACCUCGGUCCAAGAUAGCCACCCUACCACUGCUGACUGCUGAAGGCUAUACUGAGCUCAAGUCCAUGGGAUUAAUUCAGAUUCAUCGAACAGACUAUCCCCGAGAUAUGAGUAUCGUUGAUAUCUUCCAGCAGCAGGCGACUGCGCACCCUGACAGGGUCGCCGUCAAGGAUUCCAUUUCACAAAUCACAUUUGCCACUUUGAAUGAAAAGUCCGACUUGGUUGCUCAGUAUUUGAGAGCACAAAGCUUUUCCACCGAGACAGUCAUUCCCGUCAUUGCCAAGAGGAGCGUUGAGACAAUUAUUUCGUUUCUGGGCAUUCUCAAGGCCAACAUGGCCUACCUCCCACUUGAUCCAAAUGCUCCAAUUGAGCGCACAAAGCUGGUUCUUUCCUCUAUUCAAGGCCCUACGAUCAUCUUGCUGGGAAAUAGCGUUCGCUCAGCCGAUAUUCAAGACACGAAAUCGAUAUCCAUACAGUCUGUUUUAGAAGAUAGAGUCCAGCCAUCAUUCUUCCAGAGGCUUCGCACGCACACGAAACCUUCGGCUUCGAGCCUUGCGUACGUCCUAUACACAUCAGGAUCUACUGGAAAGCCCAAAGGUGUUAUGGUAGAACACCGAUCCAUUCUUAGGUUGGUCAUGCAGAGCAAUUGUACCCAAUAUCUCACGGGAAAUGGCGCUAUUGCUCACAUGGCCAACACCAUAUUUGAUGCAUCAACGUUGGAGAUCUAUAUGGCUCUUUUGAACGGGCUCACUCUAGUAUGCCUCGACCAUGAACUCGUCUUGGAUCAUACAGCCCUACAGAAAGCGUUCUCAGAGGAAAGAAUUGGUGCUGCCUUCUUUACGCCGGCGCAUCUGAAGCAGAUCCUUGCCGACAGCCCUAUGACUCUCAGCCAACUGGAAACACUUAUGGUUGGCGGUGAUCGCUUCGACACUGAUGACUGUAUCCAGGCACGGAGGGUGGUUAAAGGCCAUAUCAUCAACGGCUACGGGCCAACCGAGAACACCAUCUUCAGUACUAUGUACCAUGUCGAAGAAGGGGACUCAUGGGCCAACGGACUCCCAAUUGGUCGCGCUAUCAGCAAUUCAGGAGCAUACAUCAUGGACUCGCAGUUGAAUCUGCUGCCAUUAGGUGUUGUUGGAGAACUGGUAGUCACAGGCGACGGCUUAGCAAGAGGUUAUACCGAGUCCCAGCUAAACACGGACCGAUUUGUGACGGUGAAUGUUGACGGCGAGCAAUUGAGAGCUUAUCGCACUGGCGAUCUGGCACGCUUCAGACCGGUUGAUGGCCUGAUUGAGUUCUUUGGGCGCGCUGAUGCUCAAGUUAAGAUUCGAGGCCAUCGUGUGGAGCUUGGCGAAAUCGAACAUAUCCUUCUUGGUCAUGGCUCAGUAACCGACGCAGUGGCAUUGAUUUAUCAAGGAGACGGGCAACAGCCUCAACUUUACGCUUUUGCCGCAGUUCCGAGCCCGAUGGUAAAUGAAAGGAUGGAGGCCGAUAACACAAGCCACGUGAAGGGGGGAGAGGAGGAAAAGGACGAAGAAGCAAAGCACAGGCAGAGAGUUCGAGAGGAGCUGGAGGCAAGGCUCCUCGAUCACCUCCCAGCAUACAUGAUUCCAAAGGUGAUCACCAUUCUCGAUAAAAUGCCUGUUAACGCAAAUGGCAAAGUCGACCGCAAAGCCCUGGUUGAAACUCUGCGCACGCGGACAGCUCCAGUUCGAGAGGUUCGCGAGCCCAACACAAAGACCGAGGAGAAAUUGCAGGGAAUCUGGGCUCAAGUGCUCAACAUUUCAUCAGAUGGGAUCGGAUUGGACGACAGCUUUUUCCAGCUUGGUGGCGACUCCAUCACAGCAAUGAAGGUCGUCAAUGAAGCUCGUAAACUAGGCAUUGAUCUGGAUGUUUCGGACAUGUUCCGCAGCGACAACCUCGAAGACCUUGCAUCACAGGCCUUGCAGCAUGUUAGUGAAGCUGAAAAAGAUGAGGAGCCAGUCAUUCUUGUGGAUAAGGCCACCAAAUCUGCUCUGCUUCGAGAGAUUGACACGUCCGGCACUAGCAUCCGGUCAGAUCAAGUGGCAAACAUUUUACCUCUUACCAGUAUGCAAAAGAGAUACAUCAAAGAUGGAUACACCAAUGGCCUGUUUGUCCAUUAUUUCUUCCUGGACUUCAGUCUUGAUCUGGACAUCGAGCGUCUCAAAGCUAGCCUACAACAGCUUCUCCAGUCCAUACCUAUCUUACGAGCUGCAUUUUUGGAGCUUCAGGGGAAAUACUGGCAAGUUAUACCCGAGGUCCUCGAUUUGCCAUGGGUUGUUCGGGAUGUGGAAGAGUCACUGACAGAGGCGUUGGGCGAUUUCUGCCGCGCUGACAUCAAGAAAGUCUCAUUUGUCGAGCCGCCGGCCUCGUUCACGCUGCUGAGGAAUAAAACUGAGGGCUUGAGGCUGGUCAUUCGUUUUUCGCAUGCACAAUACGAUGGUUCCAGUUUCCCAGCGAUACUCAAGCCACUCAUCGAUGGCUACUUUGGAAGGCCCACGACAACAGGUCUAGAUUAUUCAGCCUUCUUGGCUUACAUUGUGCGCCGUCGCCCUGCAUCAAUUACCUAUUGGAAAGAUCUCCUGCUGGGAUCGUCUCUCACGACGCUACAGCCGCAUGUAUCCACUGGUACUCAAGUUCUCAAGCCUGCUCUUAUUUCCGUCCACUCAGAAGUCACUUUGCCUUCCCUCCCCAGCAAAUUCACGACAGCAACCCUUGCUAGCGCAGCGUGGGCCCUGCUUCUUGCACAAACCACAGGUGGAAAGGAUAUUGUAUAUGGUCAUAUCGUCACUGGGCGCAAUGCACGCAUCUGUGGACCAGAAGAGCCUGUAGGAGCAUGCUUGAAUGCCGUACCUGUCCGUGCCACCAUGUCAUCAUCACAGACGCCCCGGGAGUUACUGCGACUUCUACAAAUGCAGUUUAGCUCCAUGGGCGACGCGGAUUCGCUAGGUUACGAUGAUAUCAUUGAGAACUGCACGGACUGGCCAGCAGGAACUCAGUUUGAGUCUCUCAUUCAUCACGCCAACAUCAACGAGCACCCAGAGUUUGAGUUUGGCGGGGACAAAGUCAAGUUAGAGUUUUUCCAUACCUCCGAGCUAAUGUCGCAGCACAUCAUGCUCAUGUCAUAUCCUGUUGGCAACCGCUUGCAGUUCAAUAUGAUGGCCAACACAAGUAUCAUGAGCGUGGAGCUUGCACAGACCCUGGUUAACAGACUUUGCACGAUUGUAUCGAAAAUGGGAGAGGCUCUUGAUGAGCCGGUUUUUGAAUGGCUGGAUGAACUACGAUUCAGUGUAUAG